ACCCAGGUUCAGCCGAGCUCAGCCAGGACCAGUGAGGACCAGAGACGACCAGUGACGACCAGUUAGGACCAGAGAGGACCAGUGACGACCAGUGACAACCAGUGACGACCAGUGACGACCAGUGACGACCAUUGAGGAACAGAGACGACCGGUGACGACCAGUGACGACCAGUUAGGACCAGUGAGGCCCAGAGAGGACCAGUGAGGAGCCGAGUGGGAGCAGAGAGAAGGUUCUAGUGGGGGUCCUGAGGGCCGUGUUGGAGGAGCACCAUGCUGGUCGUUCUGCUGCUGAGCGCGCUGCUCUGUGGGGGUUGCGGCGCCGUGGUCCAGAGAGAUGGAGAAAUAAUCAACCAGAUCAAAGGGACCAACGCGGUCCUGGACGAGAUCAAAGAGCUCCUCAAGCAGCAGAUCAGGGAGAUAGUUUUCCUGAAGAACACGGUGAUGGAGUGUGAGGCGUGCGGGAUGGGAGGGCACCAACCGCGGCCUUCCUGCGUGCCCAACCCCUGCCACCCGGGGGUGCAGUGCAUGGAGACCCCCCAGGGGGUGAAGUGCGGGCCCUGCCCUGACGGCAUGGUGGGCAACGGGACCCACUGCACGGACGUGGACGAGUGCACGGUGGUGCCGUGCCACAUGGGCGUCCGCUGCGUCAACACGGCCCCCGGGUUCCGCUGCGGGGCCUGCCCCGCCGGGUACACGGGGCCCCAGGUCCAGGGGGCCGGGCUAGCCUACGCUACCGCCAACAAGCAGGUGUGCAGGGACAUCGACGAGUGCGAGAACCCCACCAGCUCUGGAUGUGUGGAGAACUCAGUGUGCAUGAACACACCUGGCUCCUACAGGUGUGGUCCGUGUAUCAGGGAUUACAUCGGGGACCAGAAGCGCGGCUGCAGGCCGGAGCGGGCCUGUGGGAACGGACAGCCCAACCCCUGCCACGCCAGCGCCGAGUGCAUCGUGCUCCGAGACGGCAAGAUAGAGUGUCAGUGUGGAGUUGGCUGGGCCGGGAACGGAUACCUCUGUGGACCGGACACCGACAUCGACAGCUUCCCCGACAACCGGCUGGACUGUCCGGAGAAGAACUGUGCUAAGGACAACUGUCUGACGGUGCCCAACUCGGGCCAAGAAGACGCCGACCGUGACGGGAUGGGGGACGCCUGCGAUGAAGACGCAGACGGAGACGGAAUCCUCAACACACAGGACAACUGUGUUCUAGUGCCCAACGUGGACCAGCGCAACGUGGACGAGGACGACUUCGGCGACGCCUGUGAUAACUGCCGCGCCGUCAAGAACAACGACCAGAAGGACACCGACGUGGACAAGUUCGGAGACGAGUGCGACGAGGACAUCGAUGGCGAUGGGAUCCUCAACCACAGAGACAACUGCAAGCGCGUCCCCAACGCCGACCAGAUCGACCGGGACGGGGACAAGGUUGGCGAUGCCUGCGACAGCUGCCCCUACGUCCCGAACCCCGACCAGCUGGAUGUGGACAACGACCUCAUCGGGGAUCCCUGCGACACCAAUAAAGACAGCGAUGGCGAUGGUCACCAGGACUCGCGGGACAACUGUCCGGCGGUCAUCAACAGCUCACAGCUGGACACGGACAAGGACGGACAGGGGGACGAGUGCGACGAUGACGACGACGCCGACGGGGUCCCGGACCUCCUGCCCCCCGGUCCCGACAACUGCCGACUCAUCCCCAACCCCCUGCAGGAGGACUUAGAUGGUAACGGCGUGGGUGACGUGUGCGAGACGGACUUUGACAACGACACCAUCGUGGACACCAUCGACGUGUGUCCGGAGAACGCCGAGGUCACGCAGACGGACUUCAGGGAGUACCAGACGGUGGUGCUGGACCCCGAGGGAGACGCCCAGAUAGACCCCAACUGGGUGGUCCUCAACCAGGGAAGAGAGAUCGUCCAGACCAUGAACAGUGACCCUGGACUGGCAGUUGGUUACACAGCGUUCAGCGGUGUGGAUUUCGAAGGGACGUUCCACGUGAACACCGUGACCGAUGACGAUUACGCCGGCUUCAUCUUCGGCUACCAGGACUCGUCCAGCUUCUACGUGGUGAUGUGGAAGCAGGUGGAGCAGAUCUACUGGCAGGCCAACCCCUUCCGGGCCGUCGCCGAGCCAGGCAUUCAGCUUAAGGCUGUCAAGUCGACCACGGGACCAGGGGAGAACUUGAGGAACUCUCUGUGGCACACGGGAGACACUUCGGACCAGGUGAAGCUGCUGUGGAAAGACGCUCGCAACGUGGGCUGGAAGGACAAGACCUCGUACCGAUGGUUCCUCCAGCACCGGCCUGCCGACGGAUACAUCAGGGUGCGUUUCUUCGAGGGAACGCAGAUGGUCGCGGACACGGGCAUCAUCAUCGACACGACCAUGAGGGGGGGCCGGCUGGGGGUCUUCUGCUUCUCCCAGGAGAACAUCAUCUGGGCCAACCUCCGGUACCGCUGCAACGAUACACUUCCUGAGGACUUUGAAUCAUACAGGGGCCAGCAGGUUCGGCUGUUUUCCUAGGCAACAGCUGAACGGAGACGGAGGCCAGGGAAUUCUGGGAACCUUAUAUCCCCAAAAUUAGAAUUUGAAAAUUCAAAAGAUUCUUUAGAAGUUUUAAAUGCAGAAUAAGUCCAAUGAGGAUGGCGAAUAAAUAAUUGUGAAUCCUGAAUUUUUUACGUUGUUUUUUUUACAUUGAUGCUAAUGUUGAUCCUUUGACGUUUUUCGUGCUUUUUUUAAGUCUUGAUUGAUAUUGCCAAAAAUAAAUAUAAAUAACGAU